AUGUGGGACCAAAUUGGCCGUGUUUGCCCUGAGGAAUUACAGCUGAACAGCAAAAAAAUCAAACAGAAUUCUGAUCGAAGAAAACACAGUAACUAUACCAGCACUCUUAAAGAACUGGCUCAGAUGUUGCCCAUCCCUUUGCGGACAAGCUGCAAAAGGUUAACAAAGAAAGAAAUGCUUCUCCGAGUCCUCCGUUACAUCGAACACCUGCAGGCAAGCAUUGAUACAGCAAGAUCUCUGCUCCAGGUCCACUCUGGGGAGCAAAAAGCAGGAGAAUCUGAGCAGAUGGUGACAACUGCCCUAAAGAGCGGGCGAAGAGAAACUACACCACGAGUAAAGAAAACGAAGCCACUGGCUGUCUGCAAGAAACCCAGGAAGAGGAGACGCACCCAUAAAUCAGAGCAACAAGGGGUGAACAAGAAAGUGUGCAAGAGCCUUGCUCUGGAGACCGGAAAGAGCCCUUCCCAAGCCGACGAACAACAGGAGGAGAACCCAUCUGCAUUGGGAGUUUGGAACUUGAGUGGCAACCAUGAAGAAAGCAAGGAUUAUGCCAAUGUGUUUUCUGCGUGUGAAGCUUAUGAAGAGCCGCAUCGAUACACCGAAGUGCCUACGCAUUCAUUGAUGGGGCAGGAGCUGGUGUACUACUAUUCCUCUUGUGAGGAAGAUGAGGAGGAAGGACCUGAAGCCAGCCCUUGGCUCUCAACCUGGUCCCCUGUGGGCAUUUCACAUGGUGACCUGCAGCUCUGUUCGCCUGCGAUCAUCACCCAAAGCAACCGUUGCACAGAUCUGGGGUUGAGCCCUUCGCUUUUUUCCUCUCCAGCUCGGUUGCUGCCUACACACAUCCUGCAAGGUGGCCAGGAGGAGUUUUCCCCAGUGCUGUUCGAAGAUGUAUGCCUGUCCCCACAGCCUGGUAGUUUUUCUCAGUCCCUCUCAGGCACCCUGUUAAGAAAGUCAGCAUUCACGCUGGAUCACUGCUACCUUUCCAACAGCGAAACAGGUAAAAGCAGUUCCAGUCCUGUGUCAAGAGAAAAUGAGAUCAAGUCAUCAUGGAACAAGCAGUUCCUUCAAGAGGAAGUUCACACUGCCAGGCCCGAAUGCCCUCUGUCCUCCAGUGAUGAGAACAGUGACAGCACUUGGACCCCAUGCAAGAGGACGAAGCCAUCCAGGGCGGCCCGUCGGAAGAAGAAGAAGAAGAAGAAGAGGAAGAAGAAGAAGCGAGCAGGCAGAAGGCAGAGGUGCCGGCCAGUAGCCCGCGAGAAGGGCAGCAACGCCUCCCCUUUGCAGCUGAAGAAGAAGUGUGUGAAUGGCUUUAUCAUGUUUUGCCGCCUGAACCGCAAGCACUUCAUCCGCGCUUGUCCAGGCAUGGCCUCCACAGCUGCCACAAGAGAGCUGGCCCAGCUGUGGCGUGUGAUGACGAAGCAGGAGCGCCACCCAUAUUGCUUGAAAGCACGGAGAUUCAGCCGUCUGAACAAUCGCAUUGUGAGAGAUGACUUCUCUAGCGGGGAAGAGGAACCAGAGCCACCCAAACCUUUCCAUCUGCUACUCGCUGAGAAAUCCCUCCCUGGCACUGAGAAUUUUGGUGACUUCUCUUUACUAUAG